GUUUUAUUUUAGACUUUUAAGGCAGUGAGCAGUUAUCUGUAAAAUGUUUUGUUAUGGCCGCCAACAAUAAUAGGAAUGAUUGCUGGAUUGAAAAUAGUCCAGCAAGAAGUGUGAAAAUGAAGUCGGUUCAGGAAACAAGUGACGCACUUGUUCAAUAAAUUGCUUUCGUUUUCACUUCACUCAGGGUGUGUCCCUGUUCACUUCGACUCAAUCUUCAUUUGUUUUUAACGUCAUUAUUUCUCUCCCUAAACAGGCUCACACUCACUACAUCUGCUGCUGACGCUCUGCACUAGUUUUAUUAGUCCAAGUUGUCUUUUAGUCGACAUUAAUUUCAUGUUACCGAUCAUGUUUGUUUUCCGGACUCUGGUUGUUCUGAUCGUCCUCAUUAUUACGGAAGUCAAAGGUGCUAAUCUGAUCUACAAAACAGUUGGAGACUCUGUUGUCCUGAAUCCAGGUCUGCUCUCUGGUCCCAUCAGUAGCGUGACCUGGAAGCAUAAAUCGGACCUCGCCUUGGACUGGUUCGGGACAGAGAUUACGUGUUACAGAGAAUUUGAAGGUCGCUGUGAUUUGGAUCGAACAAGUGGAAGUCUGAUUAUAAAUAAUCUGACGCUAGGAGACAGCGGCAUCUACUCCCCUGAGAUCAACAACAAAGAACUGGACAAGAUGGACCUACUGGUUCUCCAACCGGUCCCAAAACCCACGGUGUCCAUACAGUGCAACAAUGAGAAGACCUUCUGUAAUCUCAUCUGUGAAGCCAACAUCAUUGCUGAGUUUGGAUCUGUCACAUAUAAAUGGAAAAAUGAAGACAGGGUUCUGUCCAACAGCAAGGAGCUGGAGAUAAAAACGGAGAAAGAUGGAAGCUCCUUUAUCUGCGAGUUGGAAAACUUUGUUAGCAACGCGUCCAGUGAAGCAGUGAUCAACCCCUUUAGCAGUGGGAAUAAUCCUGCACCAGUGAUUGUUUCAGUUGUAAUUACAUUCCUGAUCCUGAUUGUGAUCCUGAUUGGAGUUGUUCUAUUUUUAAAGUACAAAAAAGGGUGUUGGACCCCUUUCAAGACAAUGGGGUGCUUUAAUAAGAACACACAAAAUGGAGAUGUUGCGCUUGAACAAGAAACGAAUAAUUCAAGGUCUGAUGAAGCACCUAAUGGGGCCGUGUUUAAUGUGAGCCCAGGAACCAGCAGUCAAAAUGAACAUGAGGCGUUGCUCAGUGAUACCAAGAACCCAGCUGAAUGUGAUGUGUUUCCCAGUGAAGCCAUGAAGACAGCUGACCAGGAUCAGAAUUCAGAACAGGGACCAUUCGGUGAGAACCAAGGAGAAUCAGACCAGGACAUCAAAACUGAGGAAGCCCAGAAGACCAGUGAAGGAUCUGAGAUUUCAUCUGAAAAGAACCCAAACUGUGACCAGCCUGCAGUUUCUGCUGAUGUGCAUCGUGAACCUGCGAACGUUUCAUGGUCCAAUGAAGGAUCCAAUCAGAACCUGCCUAAUGUGAACCCAGGAACCAGCAGUCAAAAUGGUCCAGAAUUCAGGAGUGAAAACAGAGAACCUGGACCAAGCAGAACCAGCUAAGGAAUCAGUAGCUGUGGAAAUCCCAGAGAACCGUGAUGUAGCUGAGAUUUCAUCACAGAAGUCUAGUGAUGAAGAAACACCUGACCGACACACUAAAGACGAAGACCAAAGCUGAAACGCAUCCUCCAUGUUUGUAACUGCUGUGAGCUGGUCCUCUCUGGGAAGACGUGAAGAACCUAGAAGCUGUUUAACCAUUUAACUUAUUAAAUGAGCUGACAUUUCAAACGGUGCAAAGCAGGAACAGUCUUGAAUAUGGACACGUGUGUCUGUCUCAGCAGGAUGUUGAGGAAGGAGGUGAAACAUGAUGAACUGGAUCUGGAACGUUAAGGGAACAAAGUCUGCCUAAAAUAAACUUUUAAACUUAAUUUAAACACAACAGCAAUAUAUUUGAGGAGUUUUUAAGUUGGUAUCUGUUUCUGGAUAAAUGCUAUUUAUCAAUCAGCGUUUGUGGUGCAAAAAACAAAAAACACAAAGCAAGAUGAUCAUUAUGCAGAUAUUUUGCACAGUGUUUUAGGAUAGUAUAUCUGUUUGUUGUAAAUAUGUUUGUUCUUGUGUCUUUAAAGUAUAUUUAUUGCUCAUUUUCAUGUCAAGACGCCCUGAGCUCAGUGUUAGUCAGUUUUUAAAUUGGAUAUUAAUGAGAAAUCAGAAUAUUGGCCAGUUUCAGUUUCUGUAUCCUAAUGUAAUAUAGAUGAAUUUUAGGGAAAUAUUUAGUUUUUUAUCUCUGAAGAAUUCAACCUUUAAUGUUGCCAAAUGAUCUGAGAAACAUUUGAAUUCCUGCAGAAUGUGCAUUUUAUGCCCUUUGACUUCAGCUGCACCUUCUUCUCACUGAGGACCAAUAGAUACCCACUAAAGAGGAAGGCACACAUGCUUUGGAGGACAGAUAAAGGUUUUUAUAUUUAUUAAAAGAAACAAUCAUUUGAGCUUUGAUCAUGAAUCCUUUAAACGUAUUAAUGAGUGUUUUUGAUCAGCAUGUUGUUACUACACACGUGGCAGCUGAAUUCACUGUAUUUCCACUAGGGGGCAGCAGACUCCACUUGUUACAACACUAAAGUCUGUUUUUGACAUGAAAAAUGUGCUAAAAUGAGCAAUAAAGGGGCUGAAUGAGAAAAUGUUUGUAAUUAUUUUCUUACUCUACAGAUUGUUUUGAAAUUAAUUUAAAGAUAAAGAAAAAAAUGUUCAGAGUUAUGUGGUAAAGUGUUUAAAAUGGACCAAAAUCCGAUAUGUUCCUGCAGAACUUCAACCUGACUUUGUACUUUGUGUAAAUAAAGUUAUUUACUACAAA